GACUUGACAAACACAAUUUCUCAAAAUGUACAAACUAUUCGUUUUCGCUGCAAUUUUGGCUAUCGCAUUUGCCAAUCCUGAAGCUAAAGCUGAUCCGAAACCAGAAGCCAAGCCAGGAAUUAUCGCCGCAGCGUACAGUGCUCCAAUUGUAGCUGCCCCAGUAACUUACACUGCAGCUUACAGCGCUCCAUUGACUUAUGCAGCUGCUCCUCUAGCUUACAGCGCUUACCCGGCUUACUCGGCUUAUGCAGCUUCGUACGUAGCUUAUCUGUAGAAAGUUUUAAAUAAUAAAUUAUUUUUGAAAUAAAA